GAAUCAUAAAAAUGCACAUUAAUUUUAUAAUUAAAAGCACGGAAUAUUCGCGAUGAAUUAAACAGUUGGUAAAGAUUUGACGAAAACGUGUACGUGGACAGUUCUAAUCACACAAUUUGAACCUUGACCUCUACACAUUUAGCGACCACUACAACUAAUCUUAACCAAGCGGCAUAAUCAUAAGUAUUUAGUGAGAGCUCAACAAGGCCUGGGGUUUGAAGCACAAUUCAACUCAGAAAAGAAACACUCACAAAAACGAUAAAAAAAUGAGUUCUCUGUUUUCUUUCUUUAAAAAGAAGAAAAAUCCGGAUGGAACAAAGAUUGAGAAAAAGAAACAUUCGGACGGAUCAAGGGCGGAGAAAAAGAAAGAAAAGUCUAAAAAGAGAGGAAAGAAGGGGAAGCAGGCGGUCGCAGAGCCGGAGGAAGUGCCGGACCCAGUCACAGAAACACGGCGGUUGUUCUACACUAUUGAAUUCCAAUGUAUGGGAGACAUGACCAAGGACCAGCGGAUGUCGUUGGAGGAGUUCUACAGACUGAUGAUGUUGCUGGGCUUCCCGGACGGCAGGGAGGGCGCUGAGAAAGUAUGGCUGGCACACGGAAAGACGGCAGGUGGGAAGAUGACACAAAGCGAGUACAUUGAGCUGAUGUUUGAUGAAAGCAUCGAGAGAAAAACCAACUGUUGGCGGACGCUCUUUGGACAAUUCGACACAGACGGGAACGCCUCGGCAACGAAGACGGAAGUGCUGAAAGGUCUUGAGGACAUCGGGCUGGAGGUCACGUCCAGUCUACGCCAGAAAGUGGACGAGAUGGACACCAACAAGGACGGGAAAAUCAGCUACGAGGAGUUUCUCAGAGCGCAGCUGAAGCAGUAAUGGACGUGGGUGAUUUACCUUACCAGCGUCGGAUAAUGGACUCUUCCAGAUUUUAUAUUAGUGUUAGUAUGGUCGCUCUCUCG